AUGGCAAAAGUUUCAGUAAUUGGAUUGGUAUCUGCACUUGUCCAUUCACAUAUUUAUUGGAUAUAUUCCAUAAUCUAUAUUAUAUACCUCAAAAUCAGUCCGAACGAACAAGUCGUUUCUAAUGUAAGGCUCAAGAAAAGGAGUUCUUCAAUAGACAUACCAUCACCGCUCAUGGUGAUCCCCACCAUAGUUCCAGAAAUACCACUUCCAGCACCAGUGAUACGACAGCGUAAACUUCACCGACGUAGCAGCACAGGCCAGUUAUUUAAAAAACGACUAUCCACAUUACUAGAGGUCGAUACAAAGUCUUUGGUGGAAACGGAUACCGAAACACUCUCUGAUAGCAACAGCAGCAGGUCCUUAGACUCGGGACAAGUUAGUAAACGAGAUGGCGCUCUAGGAUUAUUGCGAUCAAAAUUUCAGAAAAGCUACAGUACGAGCGAUAUCCAUUCUUUCUCUCAGCCUGCUGCUAGAAGAAGAAAGCGCGACGCUAUUCUCGUUAUCUUUUCAGGUCGAUUUAGCCCAAAGCAAGAUAUAGUUAAAAAGCGCACAAAAUUGUUUCGUAGUCUACCCUCUUGGAAGAAGGCUUAA